UUUUUUUUAAAGAUUUUCAAGUCAAAAUGUCAAGAAGCGAUUUUAUUUCAUUUGAACUUCAAAGGUUAAAUCUUUGUAAGAAAGUAAAUAAAGUAAAAACAUUAAGUGGAGGUUGUAUAAGCCAAGCCGCAUGCUAUUCAACAGAUAAAGGAGAUUAUUUUAUAAAGUCUAAUUCUAAUCAUAAUGCAAGUGCUUGGUUUACAGCUGAAUUUUUAGCCUUAAAUCGCAUUAAUGAAGCAGUUCCAGGAUUUGCUCCAAAGCCAAUCCAUCAUUCAACUCAAGGACAAGAGAUGUCUUAUAUUGUUACGGAUUACAUUCCGAUGGGUAAUAGUAGCAAAUCAGAUGCACAAAAGGAGCUUGGUCGGUUAUUGUCUACUUUACAUGCGUCUUCUAUUAUCGAGCAAAAUCACUUUGGUUUUGACAUACCUUCAUGGUGUGGCACAACUGAACUGGAUAACACUUGGUCUUCAAAUUGGGCUCAUUUUUGGAAAUGUCAACGCCUUGAACCAUUGUUAAAACAAGUAAAAGGACAAAACGAGGACGUAGAUCGAUUAGGUAACUUGCUUUGUUCACAUAUUGAACAUUGGCUUGGCGAGGAUGCGAUUGGACAUGUCAAGCCCAGUUUACUUCAUGGUGAUUUAUGGUAUAAUAAUUGGGCUGUAUAUGCUACAGGUAGCCACCAGCCUAUUAUUUUUGACCCAGCUUCUUAUUACGGACAUUAUGAAGCGGAAUUUGGCAUUAUGAAUAUGUUUGGUGGCUUUACGCAAGAUUGUUUUGAUAGUUAUUAUGAGACACUUUCAAACCAAGCAGCAUCAUCACUUGAAAUUACUACGAGUGAAUGCAAAGAGGACCGAAUCAUGAUUUAUGAAUCCUAUCAUCAUUUAAAUCAUUAUGCCAUGUUUGGUGGUGGAUAUGGCUCGAGUUUUGUUAAUUUAUUAGAAAAUAUUUUAUAAAUAAUACUUUAUACACAUUCGAUUCUUUCGCUUAUAUAAAUAAAGAAAAAAAAAAG